AAUGUUCUAGGAACCAACUACAUACUAUAAAGGAGCUGUUGAAGCAAAUGAAGUGCAAUCAUAGCGCUGUCAUGGAAACAGGGAUAAAGGAAUUAGAGGGUGCUUAGGAAUUCUUGUUCCCUGACUUCUGUGUAGGAUUGUCUUUAAGUGGGACCGCUGAGUGUCUACUUGAACUGACUUUAACACACUCUUGAAAAAUGGGAGUGACUUGGUGGUGGAUCACUGGAGGGGUGAUCUUACAUCUAACUGCCUACACUGCCCAUCAGUCUCCUAUAAUGGCCGGAUCCACAAAGAGCUUGGCUAAAGGCAGCCCUGCUCCAGGCCCAGUGCCUGAUGGAUUAAUUCGUGCCUACCUGAUGAGGUUUUGCCCAUUUGCACAGAGGGCACAACUUGUCUUAAUUGCCAGAGAAAUCAACUAUGAAGUGGUUUAUGUCAAUACACUGAACAAACCUGACUGGUUCUUUGAGAAAAGUCCAUUCGGCCUGGUACCAGCUAUUGAGACCAGCGAGGGGCAGCUGAUCUACGAGUCUCUAAUUGUAUGUGAUUAUCUGGAUGAGGUGUCUCCUGGGAAGAAACUGACUCCAGAGGACCCAUUCCAAAAAGCCCAACAGAGGAUGUUGCUGGAACAUUUUUUCAAGGUUGAGAAUCUGGUGUUUAAAAUUCUGGGGGCAUUAAAAAAUAAUGCAGAUACAUCAGCACUAAAGGCAGAGUUCCUGAAGAAACUGAUUCUGUUUGAUGAGAUUGUGUCUAAACUGAACACUCCUUACGUUGGCGGAAGCAGCGUCUCUAUGGCUGACUACAUGAUGUGGCCCAUUUUUGAGCGAUUUAGCAUAUUUGGAGUGAAAGACUGUUUGGAGAAAACCCCCCACCUCCACCAGUGGUACCAGCUCAUGUUGCAGGACCCAGCAGUCAAGGCCACAUUUACUAAGCCAGAGGUUCAAGAAGGUUUCUUUAAACUUUACCUCCAGGGAAUUCCAGAAGCAGUUGACUAUGGCAUUUAAUAAUAGUGGCCUUCUAAACUGAAUGCAAAGGUAUUCACUGAAUACAAUUCCAAUAAUGUAUUCUAAUAAAUACUUCUCGUAUGACUUGUGCAAUA